AUGUCUUUUCCCACAGCAACCCUGAACAACGGCGUCGUGAUGCCCCUGGUGGGCCUAGGAACCUGGCAGUCCCAGCCCAACGAGGUGGCUCUUGCUGUCGAGCACGCCCUGAAAAACGGCUACAAGCACAUCGACACUGCCGCCAUCUACGGCAAUGAGGCCGAGGUGGGCGAUGGAAUCAAGAACAGCGGCGUCGACCGUAAAGAUAUCUUUGUCACCACGAAGCUGUGGAAUUCCCACCACGCUCCAGAGGAUGUGCUGCCUGCUUUGGAGGAGAGCCUGAAAAAGCUCCAAUUGGAUUACGUUGACCUGUAUCUGAUGCAUUAUCCGUUUGCCUGCGACAAGACUGCCUUUUUGGAGUCGUCUGCGUCCAAGCCAGCAGAUAUCGACUAUGUCGACACCUGGAAAGCCAUGGAGAAGCUGUUGGACACCGGCAAAGUCCGUGCCAUUGGAAUCUCCAACUUCUGUCUCAGCGAGACCAAACGCCUGCUGGAAACAUGUACUAUCAAGCCACAGGUCCACCAGAUGGAAAUGCACCCGUACUUGAAGCAGAACGAGUUUUUAAAGUUCCACAAGGAUAACGGCAUUCACGUGACUGCGUACUCUGCGUUCGGCAACCAGAACUCCUCGUACGAGACGUCUGGCGAGCCAAAAAUUCUGGAGCAUCCUAAGGUGGUUACUGUGGCCGAAAAGCUCGGAAAAACCCCGGCUCAGGUGCUGGUUGCAUGGGCUAUCCAUAGAGAAACCUCGGUGCUUCCUAAAUCUGUGACGCCCAAGAGAAUCGACGAGAACCUCGGUGGAGAGACUGUGAAGCUGUCGGAUGAGGACUACGCCGCAAUCUCCGACCUGGGAUUCAGUAAAAGAUACUCCGACUUCGGUCCCUUUGUUGGUGCUUGGUACUACAGUGAUCUGGAGUGUCCUGGUAAAAAGGCCUGA